UCCAAGUCCGUACACAACUCAGCCACCAUGUCUAUCGAUGCUCUCAUCCAAGCGGCCCAGAACCGCCGCACCAUCUACAAGCUGGGCAAGAACAGCCCCGUCCCCGAUGCUAAGAUUGAGGAGCUUGUCAAUGCUGCUAUCCUGAACGUUCCCAGCUCGUUCAACACCCAGUCCACCCGCCUGGUUGUUCUCCUGAAGGAGGAGCACGAGCGUCUCUGGGACAUCGCUGCCUCUACCUUCGAGGGCCUCGUCGCUUCCGGCGCCAUCCCCGCGGAGACCUUCCAGAACCAGACUCUGCCCAAGCUGCAGAUGUUCAAGGCCGCCUACGGAACCAUCCUCUUCUACGAGGACCCCGCCCACAUCAAGGGCUUCCAGGAUAAGUUCGCUUCCUUCAAGGACCACUUCGAGCCCUGGGCCGACCACUCCAACGCCAUGCACCAGUACUUCCUCUGGACUGCCCUCGAGUCUCUCGGCUUCGGCGCCAACCUCCAGCACUACAACCCGCUUAUCAACGAGCCCGUUGCUAAGCAGUGGAACCUGCCCACCGACUGGCGCCUGGUUGCCCAGAUGGUCUUCGGUAGCCCCGAGGCCCCUGCUGGCGAGAAGACCCAGAAGCCCAUUGAGGAGCGGGUCAAGAUCUUCGGCAAGCAGUAGGCGCUUCUGCCCCCUUUAUGUCUUGAAUGAAUUUCCUUUGUGUGGCAUCUGACGCGCUUGUGUCACUUUAUAUCUUCGC